GUUUUGUCCGGUAGAGUGCGUGCUGCUGCUGCUAAUCAAAGGAUGAAAAUAAAGGCUAACCUUAGUUAACCCUGGAGUAGAUUAUAAUACAUCGAACCCUCGCAAUAUCACAGAUUUUUAUGGGAUUUUACAGUACACAGGCUCGACCAAUCGAUCCGGUUCCCUCCCAAAAAGUCGUCGUCAUGUCUGGCGAAGAGGCUCCGACUCAGCAGCGGCAGCAGCAGCGCGAGCCCCCAGCCGGAGAUCCGCAGCGGUCCCCCGGGGAGCUGCCUCUGUCGUGCCGGUCCCUGGUGCUCACGGGCUACGGGGGCUACGACAAAGUCAAGCUGCAGGUGGGGCCGCUCGUCCGGCCGCGGCUGCAGCCUCAGGAGCUUCUGGUGCGGGUCAAGGCGUGCGGGCUCAACUUCGCCGAGCUGAUGGGCAGGCAGGGGCUGUACGAGCCGCUGCCCGCCCCGCCUGUCACCUUGGGCAUGGAGGGCGCCGGGAUCGUCGAAGCGGUCGGAGAAGGGGUGAAGGGCCGGAAGGUGGGCGAGCGCGUGAUCGUGAUGAGCCGCAGCGGCAUGUGGCAGGAGACGGUGGCGGUGCCCGCCGCUCGCGCCUUCCCAAUGGCCGACUCCAUGAGCUUCGAGGAGGGCGCCGCUCUGCCUAUCAACUAUCUGACGGCGUACUUGAUGCUCUUUCACAUGGCCAACCUCACGCCGGGCAAGAGCGUGCUGGUCCACAUGGCGGCGGGCGGCGUGGGCAUUGCCGCCACCCAGCUGUGUCAGACUGUGCCCGACGUGACCGUCUUCGGCACGGCGUCCCCCUCCAAGCACGACGUCAUCACCCAAGUGGGCGUGACCCACCCCAUCGACUACCGGACUAAAGACUAUGUAGAGGAAAUUCACAAAAUCAGCCCCAAAGGAGUGGACAUUGUUCUGGAUCCACUCGGUGGUGCCGACACACAGAAGGGCUUCAACUUGUUAAAACCUUUAGGCUCACUCAUCGUAUUUGGUGCGGCUAACUGCGUGACGGGCCAGAAGAAGAGCCUGCUGGCCCUGAUGAAGACGUGGUACAACCAGCUGUCCAUCAACACGCUGAAGCUGAUGCAGACCAACAAGGCGGUGUGCGGCUUCCACCUGAGCUACAUGGACGACGAGCACAUCGACAUGGGCAUGGCGUCGCUGCUGCGGCUCUACGCGGAGGGCAAGAUCAAGCCUCGCAUCGACUCUUGCUUCCACUUCGAGGAGGUCACAGAUGCGAUGCGGCGCAUGCACGAGCGUCAAAAUAUCGGUAAGAUCAUCCUUCUCCCUGAGCCCAAAAAGCGGGAUGUUGAGAUGAUGACGUCGGCAGAAAAGCUUGGAAAGAAAUGACAUCAUCGAAGGAUUAAGUAAAAUUGGAUUUCCCUUUGUAUGUUUUCCCGACUACUCAAUUAUAACAAUAUCUUUUGACAGUAUUCGCACUUUUUAAAAUGACUUAUCGCACAAUAUUUCUAUAGUUCAGCGACUGUUAGCAGCGUUUGUAUUUUAAUUAAUAAAAAGCAUUAAAUGUGUUAAUUGUAUUGCCGCUAUUCGAAGAAAUAUGAUUGUAAUUUUUAUUUAUUUAUAUUUUUUUUUAGCAAUAGCGUCCGUGCAAUCAUGACUGAUUUUUUUGUUUUUGUGCCAACUUCUGAGGCUGCACUCUGGACAACAAUAAAAGCAAUUGGGUGGAAUUUCCUGCCUAGGGAAUUCCUACUCCUCUCAACAACAACAAAAAACAACUAAUAACAUAGCGUCACUGUCCAAUAAAACAUAUGUAUGACUUAUUUAACUGAAGCACACACAAAAAAAGAAUGACUUUUUUUUUUCAAAUAAAAGACUCAAAAUUA